CUUUCCGGCUCCGUUGGGCACCAAGGUGGUAACAAACAUAUGUCUUCCGUGCCCGAAAGACUGCAAUCCCGACGGACCAUGGAUAAACGACUUUCCCAUCUUGUUGUACGACGGCUACACUUCUGGCCCCUGUCGUACGAGGACAACCGUCUAGUCACGAACGAGACCGUUAGCUUCGUCGGCCAAGCCUUUGAAGAGGCUUAUGUCUCCUGGAGCCAUCUCGCUCUGGCUGCCAUUGUCGGCAGCGGCGGCGGAAGCGAGACUGGUUCAUCAGGGGAUUCUGCAACUUCAUCAACGACUAGCGCCAUCAGCAAGGGUACUACGGCCUCUCCACCGAACUCUUCGAUGCCACCCGGGAUUUCUUCCGAAGAAACCUUGCUCAAGGGGGGCGCUAUCGCCGGUAUUGUCAUCGGUGGCGUCGCCGGCGCCCUCGUCGUCUGUGUGAUCAUUUGGCUUCUCAUCAAGAGUCCCUUGAUUCACAAUAUGUCGCAGUCUCUUUACUUCCGGUCGAGCCAGGCUUAG